UAGAACUAAUCAGGGUGUGGCUGCACUGGAACACAGAAAGGCAAAGGGAAAAAUGAGUUGCUUUUGUUGUCGUAGAACGGAUUCAGAGGUCAACAGGAAGUCAUUGAAGAUGAGCAAGAAUGAAUAUAAAGAAGUAGAUGGGUUGGCUUCAGUGACCGCCAGUAUCUCCCUUAAAUCCGAUAGCAGUAAGAAGAGGAACGUAGCUCAAGAGAUGCAGAAAUUUGGAAAUGGAAAUAUUGCUUCUCGAAUCUUCACUUUCCGUGAGUUAGCAGCUGCAACUAGGAACUUCAAGUCUGAAUGCCUACUGGGUGAAGGUGGCUUUGGAAGGGUGUAUAAAGGAUGGAUUGAGAAAUUAAACCAAGUGGUGGCUGUGAAGCAACUUGACAGAAAUGGAUUGCAAGGGAAUAAAGAGUUCGUUGUUGAAGUUCUGAUGUUGAGUCUUCUUCACCAUCCAAACCUUGUAAACUUGACUGGGUAUUGUGCUGAUGGUGAUCAAAGGAUUUUAGUUUAUGAGUACAUGCCAUUGGGGUCUUUGGAGGAUCACCUUCUAGAUUUACCACCAAAUAAGAAACCUUUGGAUUGGCAUACGAGGAUGAAAAUAGCUGAAGGUGCAGCCAGAGGGCUUGAAUACUUGCAUGACAUUGCCAAGCCCCCAGUGAUUUAUCGUGAUUUGAAAUCAUCUAAUAUAUUAUUAGAUGAAAACUUCAAUCCCAAACUUUCUGAUUUCGGGUUGGCCAAACUAGGUCCUACUGGUGACAAGAGUUAUGUGUCAACAAGAGUUAUGGGGACCUAUGGCUACUGUGCACCUGAAUAUGCAAAGACAGGUCAAUUGACAACAAAGUCUGAUGUAUACAGUUUCGGAGUUGUGUUUUUGGAAAUUAUCACAGGAAGGAGAGCAAUUGACAAUGCAAGACCCACGAGUGAGCAAAACCUUGUUACUUGGGCAAAACCACUGUUUAAGGAUAGAAAGAAGUUCACAUUGAUGGCUGAUCCAUUGCUUGAAGGGAACUACCCCAUUAACGGUCUUUACCAAGCUCUUGCAAUUGCAGCCAUGUGUCUUCAAGAGGAAGCAAGCACUAGACCCUUAAUCAGUGAUGUUGUAACAGCUCUGUCAUAUCUAGCUGCUCCCAAAACAGAUGAAGGUGUCGAAGGCACAAUGAGCUCUGCUUCUCCGUAUAGCGAUAGCACUGGAGAUGUUGAGGAUGAUGUUAAAUACUCUGAUUUUGGAGAUAUGGGAGAAGAAAGUUAAUUAAUAUGGAUCCCAUGGAGUGUAGCUUCAGUGAAGCAAGGCUGAAGAAAUUGCUCUUUGGCUGCAUUAUGAAAUUGAA